CACCAGAGAGGCACAAGCGCUCCGUCCCUUCCAGCGGCAGGCAGAGGAAAGAGAAAAGGUCUGUUGUUUUUCUCUCCUUGCUUCUUUCUCUCUCUCCCUCUGUUGAUCAGCAAGCUGCUGACCGGGUCAGAAAGCCCUGAUGGAAACCUUCCAGGGCUGGGCUGGCCACCUCUGCUCCAGGGAGUGUGUCUUUGACUAAUUUUUCUUUGUCCCAGUGGGAAAUAAAGAGAGAGGGAAGGAAGAAGAAAGAAAAACCACAAACUUCCUUUGAAAACCAGCUUGUAGGGCCUGGAGCACACGCUUAGACCCAGCAACUGAGGAAUCCUGAAGACGCUCGGAGGAGUGGGGGGAGCCUCUGGCCUGCGCCCCUGUUUGCUCCGUCCAGUCUCCGACGCCCCCAGUUGUAGGUCUGAGUCCGGAAGCAGCGGCAGCCCAGCCAGAACCAGAACUGCUGCUGGCUCCUAAACCUGUGUAAGCUCGCGUUGACAGCUGGAAGGCAGCUGGGACUGUGGUGGCAGCCCUCAUUGUUGCCCCACCUUCCCCCACCGAAUUGCCAGAGCUGAAUCCUCCUUGUGAGUCCUGGAACAGCACCCACUUCUGAAAGGGAAGCUGACUGUCCGAUGUCUUUAGUCCCAGUGGAAUCAUCCCUCCCAAGCCUAAAAACCCUGUGCUCUCGUUGGUUCCAUCUGAUCACUGCAAGUUAGAAGUGGAAAAAGCUCAGCCUGGGGCCCUCUUGUUUACGCAGACUGAGAAAGACAUGUGCUACCCAUAGCCAGGAGUGAGAGUGCAGAUGCUAUCCAGCCCUCCACGCUGCAUUUCUUUUCCAAGGUUCUCCUAGGUCCAUUUCCACCCCAAUGGUUUCCUUUUUCCGGGACUGUUCCCUUUGUUGCAUACAAAACCUGGCUUAAGUAAGUCCUUGAGGUGGGAAAAAUUCCUUUAGUGCCCUCCAUUGACUCCCUUCUGGCCAUGGAACACCACCAGUCUGAGCAGCCAGCUCCUGGUAAGGCCAGGACCGCAGAGGCAGUCACCCCUGAAAAUCACGAAGUCCUGUCAGAACAAGAUGAGCACCUUCAGGACAAAGAAGACGGAGAUGCUGAGGGGGUGGCUGGAGAACAAGAGCCAGAAGACAAAGUUUUGCUGCCUCCCCAGGGCCAGGAUAACCUCGAGUCCCCUCCACCUGGAGGUAGCCCAAGCCAACCAGAGCCACAGCCUGAGGUGGAGACAGCAGGGGUGUGCUCCAGCCCCCAGGAGCUUCCCCAGACCCCGAGGGCCCGACAGCCUGAGCCAGAUUUCUACUGUGUAAAGUGGAUUCCCUGGAAGGGAGAACGGACACCCAUCAUCACCCAGAGCAGUAAUGGCCCUUGCCCUCUCCUUGCCAUCAUGAAUAUCCUCUUUCUCCAGUGGAAGGUGAAGCUGCCCCCUCAGAAGGAAGUGAUCACAUCAGAUGAGCUCAUGGCCCAUCUUGGAGACUGCCUCCUGUCUAUCAAGCCCCAGGAGAAGUCAGAAGGACUUCAGCUUAAUUUUCAGCAGAAUGUGGACGAUGCAAUGACAGUGCUGCCUAAACUGGCCACAGGUCUGGAUGUCAAUGUGCGAUUCACAGGUGUCUCUGACUUUGAGUAUACGCCCGAGUGCAGUGUCUUUGACCUCCUAGGCAUACCUCUGUACCAUGGCUGGCUUGUUGACCCACAGAGUCCCGAGGCUGUGAGCGCAGUUGGGAAACUGAGUUACAACCAGCUAGUAGAGAAGAUCAUUACCUGCAAACACUCCAGCGACACCAACCUUGUGACAGAAGGCCUGAUUGCAGAGCAGUUCCUGGAGACCACCGCUGCACAGCUGACCUAUCAUGGACUGUGUGAGCUAACAGCAGCUGCCAAGGAGGGCGAACUUAGUGUCUUUUUCCGAAACAACCACUUUAGCACUAUGACAAAGCACAAGAGUCACCUGUACCUACUGGUCACCGACCAGGGCUUUCUACAGGAGGAGCAAGUGGUAUGGGAGAGCCUGCACAAUGUGGAUGGAGACAGCUGCUUUUGUGACUCUGACUUUCACCUAAGUCACUCUCUGGGCAAGGGACCUGGAGCAGAAGGUGGGAGUGGCUCCCCAGAAAAGCAGAGGCAGGUAGACCAGGACUACCUGAUCGCCUUGUCACUGCAGCAGCAGCAACCACAAGCCACGUUGGGUCUUAGUGACUUGGAGCUGGCCCAGCAACUUCAGCAAGAAGAGUAUCAGCAGCAAGUGGUCCAGCCUGCACAAAGCCGGGCCCCAUUGCCACAGAGCUUUCUGAGUCACUUGACUCAUGAGAACUUUCCCAGCACUGCCUGCAACCCACCCUUACGGCAUCCCCACAGAUCAUAAACUCCUAAGAAGAAACAAAAGAAAGUGAUGAAGUAAAAACAGAAUGGUGUAUUUCACUUGGACUCAUUACCUAAUUGUCGGUAGGCCUAAUGGCACUUUAUUUUAAAUCUCACAUGUCAUCAGUUUUGUAUUGUGAUAGAGAUCACCAAUUGCUCCCCAGUAUCCAUCCUCCCCCUCUUCCUACUCAUGUUAUUCCAAAGUUGUAUAGUUGGGGAGAGAGUCACUCAUUAACUGAGUACUUUCAUUGGUGUACUUCUCAUCUAUACCAUCUACAGGAAAUCCAUUUUUAAAGAAUUUGAAUAUAACAUAAACUUUACCCCAAAGCUAGUAAACAUAAUUCUAGUCUUCGUGAUACUUCAGAAUGUAUUUGGCAUCUCAUCAACCCCAGGAUCUUCAUAAUGAACAUUCAUUAUAUGGUUCAGAUUGGUCCGAAUAUGUUCUGAAUCUUCAUCGUUCACUGAAGGUUAUUUUUCUGAAUAAAUAUUCUACACAGUC